AUGUCUUGGGAUAUUGAACUGGAUGAUCAAUUAUUACAAGAUCUUUAUGCAUGGAUUGAUCAAAUACCAUUAAGUCGACCUAAAAAACGUAUUGAAAAAGAUUUUGCUGAUGGCGUUAUGAUAGCAGAAAUGGUUAAAUAUUAUUUUCCUAGUUGGGUAGAUUUACAUAAUUAUGCAGCAGCCAAUAGUACACAACAAAAAAUGAUUAAUUGGGGACUUUUAAAUAGAAAAAUCUUCUGUCGAUUUGGUCUUAAUGUUCCUGAAGCUGUUAUGCGUGGUAUAUGUCUUGGUCGAAAUGGACUUAUUGAAGUAUUUCUUUACAAUUUACGAACAAAAAUUGAUGAUUAUCUCUAUGGAAUGGAAACAAAUCCUAGUGAUCCACAAUAUCGACUUCUUCAUCAAAAAGCUAAAAUAACUGAAGCUAAUGCAGCAACACCUCGUCAAAUUCAAGAUUAUCCAGCUACAUUUGAGCACAAUAAUCAUGGAGAUGAACAAUUCACAUAUGCUAAUCAAGGAUCGAAACCUCAAAAUAUUCAAAAAAAAUCAGCAUCUACGCAUAAUUUAAGUACAGAUAUGGUUAGCCGUAUUGAAUAUGAUGAAAAAGAACAAGAAUGUCUUGCGAAAGACGAACAAAUUCAAAUUUUACAAGCAAAAAUUCGUCGUCUUGAACAUUUACUUCAUUUAAAAGAUGUUCGAGUCGAAGAUUUAGCAGAAAAACUUGAUCAAUCACGAGGUAUAUCAGGUCCUCAUAAUGGAACAUCGAAUCGUCAACAACAUGUACCAAUGGGUUUUAAUGGACGAAAAUAA